CUCUCUCUCUCUCUCUCUCUCGCUACAAUAACAUGUGAAAUCUCAAACGACAGGUUGGAGACGAGACCUUUACCUUCGAACACGUGCAUUUUUCUCUACCUAAACCUUUGAGAACCUGAAAUCUCUUCCAUUGUAUCAGCUGAAUGGUUCUGAAUUGAAACCGGUGGUUUCUGCUUACUGAAACUUCAUAUCGAUUCGCUUCAGCAAUCAACGCUUUUGGAGUUGGGCCCUUUCUCCUCUCCCGUAUAUCCACAUCUCUUUCCAGUCAGAUCUUGUGCUGCUGUUUCUACGUUUGUUGAUGCUCAUCUACAUUGCUUAGCAUCGACGACAGUGAAGGAGAAGGCGGAUUUUUGAAUUCCGCACAUGUUAUUCACUUUACUGAAAGAUGGUUGCAUUCGGGAAGAAGUUGAAGGAACGUCAAUUUCCAGAAUGGCAAGGAUACUAUAUUAACUACAAGUUGAUGAAGAAGAAAGUAAAGCAAUAUGCUCAACAGAUCCAAGUCGGAGCACUGGAUCGCCGCAAUGUUCUCAAAGAGUUUUCAAGGAUACUAGAUAACCAGAUUGAAAAGAUCGUCCUGUUUCUGUUGGAACAACAAGGGAUCCUUGCAAGUAGGAUAGCAGCUCUUGGUGAGCGGCACACGAUUCUUCAACAGCAGCCAGAUAUGUCACAAAUGUGUGAAUUACGAGAGGAGUAUAGAGCGGUGGGACAAGAUCUUUUAAAGCUUCUCUUUUUUGUUGAGAUCAAUGCUAUUGGUCUGCGGAAGAUUUUGAAGAAGUUUGAUAAACGCUUUGGCUAUAGAUUCACAGAUUACUAUGUCACCACUCGCGCAAAUCACCCUUAUUCCCAGCUUCAGCAAGUGUUCAAACAUGUGGGUAUAGGGGCUGUUGUGGGUGCAUUAUCUCGCAAUCUUGUCGAUCUUCAAGACCAUCAUGGAAGCUCUUUUUCGUUAUAUGAUCAACCAUCUAUUCCUCUUCAGGACCCCGUUAUUGAUUCAAUAAAGGCAGCUGUAGACAGACUUACACACUCAACGAACUUCCUGCACUUUUUAGGGCAACAUGCACUUAUUAUGCAAGAAGAGUUGUCGACUCCCACUGAGAGCGAAGCCGAUGAACAGAGAUAUCAUUUUAUGUCUCUUCUAUUGAACUUGGCAAACACUUUUCUUUACAUGGUCAACACAUAUAUUAUAGUCCCAACGGCAGACAACUACUCAUUGAGCCUUGGAGCUCCUGCAACCGUUUGUGGUGUUGUAAUUGGGUCAAUGGCUAUUGCUCAGGUGUUUUCUUCCGUGUAUUUUAGUGCAUGGUCAAAUAGAUCAUAUUUCAGACCUCUUGUUUUCAGCAGUAUUGUUCUUCUCAUGGGCAAUACCUUGUAUGCUUUGGCUUAUGAUUUCGAUUCAAUAGCAGUUCUUCUAAUUGGCCGUCUGUUCUGUGGAUUAGGUUCUGCCAGAGCUGUCAACCGGCGUUACAUCAGUGACUGUGUACCGCUUAAAAUACGCAUGCAAGCUUCUGCAGCCUUUGUUAGUGCCAGUGCUCUUGGAAUGGCAUGCGGCCCUGCACUUGCCGGGUUACUUCAAACAAAUUUUAAGAUUUAUGCAAUCACAAUCAAUGAAGAUACUUUGCCAGGUUGGGUUAUGGCUUUGGCGUGGCUCAUCUAUUUACUUUGGUUGUGGAUUUCCUUUAAAGAGCCUGCUCUUAAGAAUGAAGAGAACCCCUUACCUCAGGAAGCUAAUCCUGGACCAGUAGAAAGUGAAGAAUUAGAGAAAGGCCUUGCACAACCCUUGCUCCUAAACUCAGAAGAGAAACAAAACGAUGAAGAUGGAGACCAAGAUUGUGAUGGUAGUGAAGCAUCAGCAGAAGUGUCCAACAAACCUGCUACUUCCAUUGCAGCAGCAUAUAGAUUGCUGACGCCAACAGUGAAGGUCCAGUUAUUGAUCUAUUUCAUGCUCAAAUAUGCUAUGGAGAUUUUACUUUCUGAAUCAAGCGUCAUUACCACAUUCUACUUCCGUUGGUCAACUAGUUCUGUGGCAAUUUUCCUUUUUUGCCUGGGGCUUACAGUUCUUCCAGUUAACAUCGUUGUCGGAAGCUAUAUCAGCAACAUGUUUGAAGACAGGCAAAUUCUACUGACGUCAGAAAUUAUGGUAUGCCUUGGAAUAAUCCUAAGCUUCCAUGUUGUAAGCCCGUAUUCCGUGCCACAAUAUGUCAGCUCGGCAUUCAUCACAUUUGUAUCUGCUGAAGUCCUUGAAGGUGUCAACCUAUCGCUCCUAUCGCGGGUUAUGUCAUCGAGGCUGGCCCGUGGGACCUACAAUGGUGGACUGCUAUCAACGGAAGCUGGUACAUUGGCCCGGGUGGUGGCGGAUGGCACAAUAACAUUGGCCGGCUAUUUGGGUGAGGAUAAGCUCUUGAAUAUUACCCUACUGCCCUCUCUCUUUAUUUGCAUAGCCUCCAUUGCUGCCACCUGCCUCACCUAUAACUCCCUUUACUAACCAUCUUAUACCAUCUUAUGUUGUAUUGAAAUGGGCCCACCUACACCUAUCUUUUAUUUCAUAUAAUGAAAUGUGAAGGCAAGUGGCACGAAGGCAGAUUUAAGAGGAAAUUGCAAGAAACAUGCCAACAUGGUGCACAUGUGAGAAAUCCUGGCAACUCAUUAGGUGGGGUUAACUGUAAACAUGCCACGGCCGAAAAUCGGGGUUGUUCCAUUCAUCAGGCGAGUCACCCUGUGUAUUAUAAAGGAGAUUCGCAAAAAUCACCAACAGUCCAUAUUCAAUAGCCAUCAGUGGCCUUCUCAACGAGUCAAACUGCCUGAUUUUGGGCCACACAACAUUCAUGCUGUGGGGCCCUCCCAUUUAGUAUCCUGGAUCUCGCAUGUUAAUGCUUGUGCCAAGAAUCUCCUCUUCAGUCUGCCUUUGCUGGAAUAACCUUAGCAUUCCUCUCCACUGUAUCCAUCUUGUAUAGUAGUAGAAACUCUCCUUGAUUAGGCCCGUUCUCAAUUAAACUGUAAUUACUUCUCAAGUCUCAGCUUAUAGAAAGUUUCAUGUAUAUAUCAACUUUUGCUAUCUUGUAUUGGAAAGAAGCACCAUCACAAAAAAUAAAAAGCAUUGCUCUUGGCAGCAACGAAA